ACACACGCACAGCGGGAGAGAUACACGUACAGGGAGAGAGACACACACACAGCGAGAGACACACACACACAGCGAGAGACACACACACACGCACCGACACACCGACACACGCAGCGUCUACGCCGGGCCGUGUGACAGCUCGAACGCAGCAGCGCACGUGCGUAGUAGCCUUUGCGUAUUUGUCACACGUGACCUGUCCUAUACGUGACAGCAAAUACACACAGAGCAUGUUGUACAGAGACACGCGUAUGCAGCAGCAGCAGGAGAGAGAGGGAUUGCGCUGCAGUUGAUACGUUAUUGGUGGUGGUGGUGGCGGCGGUGGGUUGUCGCGUAAUCGCGAGGAUUCGAAGGUCGUGGAGGGUAGUGAGGGUCGCGAGCAGAUCGGGGCUGUAGGAGGGGAUUAUUUUUUUUCUGUUACGUCGGAGCGGAUCGACGCGCUGACGCUGCUGGAGGUUGUGAAGCGGCGGAGGCGGAGGAAGUUCAAGGAGGAGGAGACGCAGGUGGUGUGACCCGGUGCCCGGGAUCGAACCGUGGAUUUCUUUAUUUUUUUUUGCGAGAGGCGAUGGACAGAGAGAUGCAUCUGUCUGGCGAGGAGCUGCUGCUGCUGUUGCUUGCAAUUGCAGGCGCGUGCAUCGGGGGAGCGCGCGGGGUCGUGGUGACCGUGAACCCGGCGGAGGUGACGGUGGCGAGGGGUCAGGCGGCCGAGUUGCCGUGCUCCGUCAGCUCCAACGCGCCCACGCUCAACAACCUCGUCGUGCUGUGGAUCGCCAACACGGAGCGCGGGGCAGGGGAGCAGGUGCUGGGCUUCAUGGCUGGCCAGGUGGUGAACGGCUCUGCGAGCUUCGCGGGUCGCGCCGACUUCACCUCGCCGAUGCCCGGAUCGGCGGUGUCGGUGCGCGUGGAGCGCGCGCGCGAGAGCGACGCGGGCGCCUACACCUGCUCCGUCAACCUGAUCGCAGACCCCCCCGGGGGGGUCGGCGUCGUCACCCUCACAGUGCUGGUUCCUCCCGCGACGCCCAGGUGCAUCAUGGAGGGCGACCCCACGGUGGGGACCAACAUCACGCUCACCUGCAGCUCCUCCGAGGGCAACCCCGCGCCCUCCUACCUGUGGACCCGCCUCGAGGCCGCCAGGAAGCUGCCGGCGAACGCCGCGCUGGGCCGGAAGGAGGGCACGCUCACCCUGACGAACGUGAGCGCCGACUCAGAGGGCGUCUACUCGUGCACGGCGCGCAACUCCGUGGGCAGCAGCAACUGCACCAUCACGCUAGCACUCAGGAUCCCGCCGAGCGUGAACGUGGGUCUCGUGGCUGGGGUGCUGGUGGGCUCCCUGCUCGGAGUGGCGCUCGUGCUGCUGCUGCUGGGCUACGCGUGGGCGCGGAGACGUAAAGCGACCGGCAAGGAGGACGAGCUGCCCAACGACAUCCGGAUGGACGCGCCUCCCCCGCAGUACGCCGCGUCGGGCAGCAAAACGGGCAGCACCCCCAGGCCCGGCUCGGGCCUCAGCAGUCUGAGCUCGGCGCCGGGGCCCCCGUACAAACACCCGGCCAACGGGGCGGCCGCCCACGGCCCCACGACGCACAGGGCCGGCGGCUCCGACAGACACCACCACCCUCACCACCACCACCCUCACCACCUUCACCAACCUCACCACGCGCACCACCAGCACAAUGCGUCGCACGUCGCCGGCGCCAACGGGCACGGCCGCGCGCCGGCGUUCGCCGUGGUGGACGCCGGAGCCCCCUCCGUGGUGACCGCCUCGCUCGUCAACCCGGCGCCGGGCAGCGGUCGCCAGAACGCGUACGGCCAGAAUCCACAGCCAAGCCGCUGCGACGAGGCGGGGGUCCCGUUCGAGCCCCUGGCCAAUCAGACGUCUCCGCUGUCGCCAAGCAACGGACCCACCCCAUCUCCAAUCCCGAUGACUUCGCCGGGGCCGAUGGACUUCGGCGUGGGAGUGUCGCCCGUGCCGGCCCGCGCGGUGUCACCGGGCAACCUCGUCCGCAUGGGAGGAGUUCCCAUCAUGGUGCCAGCGCAGAGCCGGGCGGGAUCCCUGGUCUAGAGCCGGCCCGGCCAGCCACCGGCUACCACUGCCACUGACAUCUCCUAGCCACCGGCUGCUGUGCAUCUUCUGCUGACCACCUUCGUGACCCCUCCACCCGUGACCUCCACCCGCCGAUCCCCCCCCCCCACUCCAUCCCUCCCUCCCUCCCCCGUGCCGACUAGUCCCUGCCGUCGGCCUACUCCUCCUGUUCCGCCAACACCCAUCCCCUCUCCCAAAAACCGCCGCCUUCACCGCGCGCAACUCGAGGAUUCGCCGGGGGAGAUUUCUUCUGGUCCGCCCGUCGACGACACGGCCGCCGUCGGUGAAGGGACGCGGACAAAACGCCGGCGGAGGGAUGCGGUCGCUGAGAAUCUCCCCCCAACACCACCACCACCACCACCACCCCGUUUCUUGCCGCGACGACGAUCGGCCGCUGGCGACCGCGACCCCGAAUCGCCGCCGCGGCGCCCGAGGACAAGGUGACGUUCACGCCGAUCGGAUCUGAACGGCGGCGGCAACAAGGACACCGCCGGUGCAUUUUGCGCCAUUCGCCGAAAGGACCACCGCGAAGAUGCCUCGCGAAAAGGGAAGCGCUGGGUAAUUUUUUUGUUUGGGGGGGGGGGGGGGAAUCGUCGGCACCGCGCCGGGAACCAGCGCGCCCCUCUUGCCGUCGGUUGGCCCCAUCGACGAAGGCCCGGCGGGCACGACCGACGGGGCCGGCGGUGGCGCGGGCCAACCGAGGGGCGACGUCGGAGCCGGUCCCGGCAGAAGCCUCCUUUGCCCACGUGCCGCAAGGGAGCAGCGGCCGGGCGGGGGUUGGUGGGACGCCAGGCGAUGGGGGGCCCGCCGAUCGUGCGCGCGCCGGAGACUGGGUAACGGACGAGGAGUAGGCCCGCUCCGUCCCGCUCCGGCCCGCUCCGGCCCGCUCCGGCCGUCUCUCUCCGUUACUGCGGUUUUGCUCCCAGCGCCGCGUGGAAACACGAGGCGUGCUGCAGAGGGGCAGUGCGUGCCGGUGUGCGUGCCGGUGUUCCCGCGUCACUCGCUGAGCCCAAACAUCCCCCCCCCCACCCUCUACAGCUCUCCCCCCCCCCCCAACCACCACCAUGAUUCGGCUCACCACACGGCUCUCGGUAAGCCCCAUGCUUCCAUCUGGGCGGCGUGGAUGAGUGCCUGGUAGCCCUGAUGUCGCUCUAAGCCUCUCGCCCGCCC